AUGUCACCACUACGACAUAAUAACUACGAAAGCCACAAUGUUCAAACAAAACCGGCAACAAACUUCAGCGACAGAAACCAUUCUUCACUAAAAUUCCAUAGAUGCUUCCAAACCAACAAUGGCAAAUCUAAUACAUACAACCAACCACUCACCUACCGUGGCGAACCCGGACCCGGACUCGGACUGGAACCCGGAGAUCCUAAUAUCCCUCCAACCACUCCCAUCCCAACACAUCCUCCUCUCCAACCCCACCUUCCACGCCCAGGGCUACCGCACCCUCCGUUUCGACACAACAGGCCAUGGCUCCUCUCCCAACCCGGCCCAACUCUCGAAGAAUCAAACUCAACAACCCUCCAAUCCCUAGCAAACGACCUCCUCCACCACCUCCUCACGGCCCUGCCCAUACCAAAAAUCGACUUCGCCCUCGGCGUUUCCCUCGGCGCGCCGCCACCCUCCUCUCCCUCUCAGCAACAACCUACUCAUCUCAAUGCCGCUCUGCGCACCCGUCCUCUCAGACCUCGACGACCCCUUCGCCGCCCGCCUCGAGCUCACACUCAAGAACACCGACGGCAUCAGCAUCGUGACCGAGCAGACGUUGGAGCGAUGGUUUGCCGCCUCCUGGUGGCGCCGGGAGAACUGUGCAGAGAUGCAGCGGAUGCGCGCACUGAUGCGCACGACGACAUGGGAAGGGUUUAUGGCGUGUUGUCAGGCGUAGAGGGAUAA